AUGGCAGACCACUCCGAGACUUUCCAACCCCGCGACGCCCUCCACAACACGGCCAUUACCACGCUGCAGACGACGGCUGCCGGCGCCAUUUUGGCGGGUGUGCAGAACACGCUGCGCAAGGAAAAUGUCGGAGCCAUGGGCAUCUUCACCCGCUCGGGCGGCAUCAUUGCCCUCUAUGCGAGUGCGGGAUUCACUUACCAAUUCACUUUGGACGUGGCCAGCAACCUGCGGCAAAAGGAGGACAGCUACAGCCACGCCAUGGCAGGCUUUGUCAGUGGAUCAUGUCUUGGAGUCUUUAGGCGCAGUCUGCCAUUUAUGCUAGGUGGAGGAGCCACGCUCGCCACCAUCAUGGCUGCGUUCGAGUAUACCCGCGGCCUACAUGGCGCAGGCAGUCAAGCGGAUGACGACGGCGAAGUGGAGCGCAGGGAGCAGUUGAAGAAGCUGCGUAGGCGGCCCUUGUCUGAAACGAUAGAGCAGUUGGGCGAGGGACGAGGUAUCUAUGCGCCUGGAUAUGAGGAGCGUAGGCGACAGCGCUUGCUCGCCAAGUACGGCAUCGAUGUCAAGGCCGCACAGGAGUCAGGCUAG